GAACUGUCAAAUCGAGAAAUCACAGAGUAUUUUCGGGCAGCAGAAAUUGUUGAUUGUGAGAGUUGUGGGUUUUUGUUCAUACUAUUCUUACGUUUUAUAAGGAAAAAAUAAUGUGGAAAAGAUGUAAUAAAUUAUUUUCAACCACAUUUCUAUCAGUGUAAUGUUAACUACAUAAACCUUCGUAUUGUGUGCAAAGCUUGUGUUAAUUAAAAACAACACAUAAUGGGCAACAUGAAAGAGCAUCAGCUAUACAUGGCGAGGAAUUCUGCAUUUAAUCCCUAUCGUCUAAGGGACCAUGAGAUGGGUUAUCAAACUACUAUUGGAUCAGGUGAUGCGAUUGCCAAGAGCCUAUACUGCGGCAUUAAGCCUGUCGCAUCAUGGGAAGCUGACAGAACGAAGACUCCCCCGACUGGUGGUAUUUUCAACCUUGAAUUUUCCCCGGAUGGCUCAUUAUUAGUAGCAGCUUGUGAAAAGAAAUCUAUACAAAUAUUUGACCCCCUCAACCGUGAGAAGAUACAUACUGUAGUCGGAUCCCAUGCUGAUUGUGUCAACUGUGUUAAGUUCCUCGAUGGCCGUAUGUUUGCAACAUGUUCAGACGAUACCACAAUAGCACUAUGGGACGUUCGAAAUCUCAAAAAGAAAAUACGAACACUACUAGGUCAUUCGAAAUGGGUCAAAAAUAUAGAAUUCUCAGUUAAAGACAAAUUGCUAGUCACAUCUGGGCUAGACGGUAGUAUAUACACAUGGGACAUAAAUUCCUAUACAGAGUACAACCUAAUAUACCAAAGAGUAUUUCAUACAUCGAGUUUGAUGCGAUGUCGACUGUCUCCCGACUCGAAGCAAAUGAUAAUGUGUACGACUGGAGGACUUAUUAUAAUAAUACAUGACCUGAAUCUAAAUACCCUAUCACAAGAUUUACAUGGUUUUAAGCCAAAUCUAUAUAGGUUGAUGCAAAUGAGCAGGCAGCCUAUACCCAUAGCCGCAAUGUACGAUCACCUCUUCGAUAGCAGUCGGAAGGAAAACCGCGUCGAAUUCAUCUCGGACUUCCCUGAUGGAAAUGACGCUGAGGUGGUCAGCUCUCUACAGGUUCAUCCCCAAGGUUGGAGCGCUUUGAGUAGAAAUAUCAGUCACGAUGACAAAUCAGAGUGGACAUGCAUCCACGAUAUUCAGACUAUUCCUGAUGUGAGUGAUAAGAGUACGCGAGACACGUCGCCAUCUGGCGGCGGCACCACGCACCCAGGGACACGACCUGUGAGGCGGCGCCCGAGGUACUACAGAACAAAUCGGAUGCAUCACAUCAAUCCUAUGACGAUGACUCACGUUAACUUAACUAUGGACGGUGAUGUCGUGGGCCCGGGGCCCAGCUCGUCGCGCAACGCGCCUGCCAACCCCAGCUCAGUGCAGCCCUCCCGUCUUUCCGGGGGUAUGUCUGGUAUACAGAAUGACCUGUGGGAGGCGGCCAUCACGGUCAAACAGCAGAGAAUACUGCAGGAAAUGUACCAAAGAGGGCAAGUGCGGCGUAAUUUCAACAUGCAGCGUAUAACUGGCAUCAACUCGGGCAUCAACCCUGCAAUACCGGUGGCGCGGCCCGUCCUCAAUCGAAGACUUGGCGAUGGUGAACCACCGAGAAGUAUAACGCCAUCAACGUCAGGGCAGACUCCGCCACGCGACCCUGAACCUAGUGACACCCAUAGCAAAAAUAACAUCCGACAAAACAAAGAGCGGCUACUAUACUUCAAAGAGGAAACUAAUGAAGGAAGAGGUUUUAUAAAGGAAUUAUGUUUCUCAUCUGACGGCCGCAUCGUGUGCUCUCCAUUUGGGCGGGGAAUGAGACUCCUCGCCCUCAACGAGGACUGCUCGGAGCUCCCCUACACGGUGCAGGGUGUGACCGCGCCCACGCAGCUAACAGAGAUAGGCCAGAGCCUCGGCAUCCACCAGGACCUCGUCGUCAGCACCAAGUUUUCCCCGCGCUACCACAUGCUCGUCACGGGCUGCCUCGAAGGCAAGAUAGUGUGGUACCAACCCUUCAGCGGAGAAUUCUAAUACAAAUACUGUAUGGAUCAUUCUGUACUUAUCACAAAUUUCACAUUUUAUAACUGCCUCAGCGGCUCAGCUUCUUCCAUACUGCCUGACUUGUCGGUCUGACAUACUUAAACUGUGACUGACGUAGUACUGAUCAAAGAAUCAUGAUAAUAUUUGACAUAGCAUCCAAUCCAACAAAUAUAGUGAUCUAAGCAGUCAGUAUCAGUUAAGUAGAAGGCUUUGAUACUUACGUUACAGAUAAUUAUUUUAGAUAAUUUUCUCUUAAGUAGAAUAUCAGUAUGAAAACUUUGCCAUUUCUGCAUUUGGAUGUCUGUAAUCAGUAGAGUUUAGUGACUUUCCUAAAUUCUGCAGUUACAAUAGUCACAUUUUAUUAUGAGGAAUUUAUAUAUAAGGCUGAAUAUAAGUGUAUGUAGUCGGAAUGUUUGUUACGCUCUGGUAAGCGCGGGCGUGAGGCGACAACUGGCAUCUAUUGUAGUUUUUAGAUGAUAUUUAUCAACUCUUGUAUAGUCUUACAUUUGAUAUAUAUGUAGUAAAUGUUCUCAAACAAUCCAUGGACGGCUAGAACGCCCGCCAGGUUGAGAUAAUGCAGUUAUUACUUAAUAAAACUUUAAUUUACCGAG